ACCUCUACGCAUUUGUGGCCGUAGUAUCUGAGCAAUUCUCUAGAACCUUUUUACAAAAGUUCAUAUCACAACACCGUCACCAUGGGUAAGGACGAGCGCGCUCACAUCAACAUCGUCGUUAUCGGCCACGUCGAUUCCGGCAAGUCCACCACCACCGGUCACUUGAUCUACAAGUGCGGUGGUAUCGACCAGCGUACCAUCGAGAAGUUCGAGAAGGAAGCCGCCGAGCUCGGUAAGGGUUCCUUCAAGUACGCUUGGGUUCUUGACAAGCUCAAGUCCGAGCGUGAGCGUGGUAUCACCAUCGAUAUCGCUCUCUGGAAGUUCCAGACUGCCAAGUAUGAGGUUACCGUCAUUGAUGCCCCCGGUCACCGUGACUUCAUCAAGAACAUGAUCACUGGUACCUCCCAGGCUGACUGCGCUAUCCUCAUCAUUGCUUCCGGUACUGGUGAAUUCGAGGCUGGUAUCUCCAAGGAUGGCCAGACCCGUGAGCACGCUCUGCUCGCUUUCACCCUCGGUGUCCGUCAGCUCAUUGUUGCCCUCAACAAGAUGGACACCUGCAAGUGGUCCGAGGACCGUUACAACGAAAUCGUUAAGGAGACCUCCAACUUCAUCAAGAAGGUCGGCUACAACCCCAAGGCCGUUCCUUUCGUCCCCAUCUCCGGUUUCAACGGUGACAACAUGCUCGAGCCUUCCCCCAACUGCCCCUGGUACAAGGGAUGGGAGAAGGAGGGUAAGGCCGGCAAGGUCACCGGUAAGACUCUCCUCGAGGCCAUUGACGCCAUCGAGACCCCCGUCCGUCCCGCCAACAAGCCCCUCCGUCUUCCCCUCCAGGAUGUCUACAAGAUCUCCGGUAUUGGAACUGUGCCCGUCGGUCGUGUCGAGACUGGUGUUAUCACCCCCGGUAUGGUCGUGACUUUCGCUCCUGCCAACGUCACCACUGAAGUCAAGUCCGUUGAGAUGCACCACCAGCAGCUCAAGGAGGGUCUCCCCGGUGACAACGUCGGUUUCAACGUCAAGAACGUCUCCGUCAAGGAGGUCCGCCGUGGUAACGUUGCCGGUGACUCCAAGAACGACCCCCCCAUGGGUUGCGAGAGCUUCACUGCUCAGGUCAUCGUCCUCAACCACCCCGGUCAGGUCGGCGCUGGUUACGCUCCCGUCCUCGACUGCCACACCGCCCACAUUGCUUGCAAGUUCGCUGAGCUCCUUGAGAAGAUUGACCGCCGUACCGGAAAGUCUGUUGAGUCUUCUCCUAAGUUCAUCAAGUCUGGUGAUGCUGCCAUCGUCAAGAUGAUCCCCUCCAAGCCCAUGUGUGUUGAGUCCUUCACUGAGUACCCUCCCCUUGGUCGCUUCGCCGUCCGUGACAUGAGACAAACUGUCGCCGUCGGUGUCAUUAAGGCCGUUGAGAAGAAGGAGGGUGGCUCCGGCAAGGUCACCAAGGCUGCCCAGAAGGCCGGUAAGAAAUAAGCUGGUUCUGAAGGGUGGUGAUGAUGUUGUGAUGAUGUUUUCAUGAUUACAAAAUAUGGAAUUACGGAACUAGACUUGGGUUUAUGUAGUUGAUCCUACAAAACUUGAAUCAUGAAUCAUUUCGUUCAA